AUGUCAUUCUACCAACCCCUACCUGGAGACAAGUUUCUGUGUCUUGAUAAAUCCGCCAUGAUUCCAUUCACAAGCGUGAACGAUGAUUUCUGUGACUGUCUCGACGGCUCUGACGAACCUGGCACCUCAGCUUGCGACAACGGACGUUUCUACUGCCAGAAUACUGGUCACAUACCGUCUGUAAUUCCAUCGUCAAAAGUUAAUGAUGGUGUAUGUGAUCCAGAGUGCUGUAGUGGUGAGGAUGAGUGGAACAGUUCAGUCAAAUGUCCUGAUACAUGCAAACAAGCUGGAGAUGUGUAUCGAAAACAGAUGGAAGCUCAAGAAUCUAUUCAUAAAGAGGGGGCAAGACAGCGACGAGAGUAUAUCAAGUUUGGCAAAAAGUCGAAAGCUUCUCGACUGGUUGAGAUCAAGAAGCUGGAAGCCGAGUUGAAGAAGGAUGCUGUGACGCUGGAACAUCUGAGAGUGGCCAAAGAAACAGCAGAGAAAGCCGACGAACUCAAACAAGAAGCCGAAAAACCAGUCGACCAUACUUGUCCUACACGUUUAGAAGAAUGUGAAAAGUCUUAUUCAGAAGUGACUGACAAGAUCAAACUAUUGAUUGAAGAAGGCAAUCAAGGGUUUGCUAAUAUGGGUGAUGAUUCAAAGAGUAAAUGUGCACCGUUAAUGGACAAGAUACGAGAUAUACAGGAUACUCUUGAAGGAGAGGUUAUAGAAGAGUCAGAAGGAGGAAGUGAAUCUGCAGCAGCUGAAUCUGUCGAAUCUGAGGUGAUCCCGCCAUCAGAGCAUAUAGAAGAACCGGUGGGUACUGCAACCCCUGUAGAACAGGGUGCACCUACCGUAGCAGCAUUCAUACCUCCUGUAGUAGUCCCAACUAUAAAUCCACGAGUCGGUGGAUUGCCUGAGGCAGUCAUCACACCUCCAAACGCAGAACAGCCGAAACCAAAGAUUCAUCCCUGUGAUGAUUAUGAUGCAUCAUUCACAGCUUGUCUCGUUACGACCAUUAGUGAUAAUGUUAUUGGUAUGGGAAUCGCCAUGAAAUCACCACUUACAUGGCGAGGCUGGAGGUCUCUGAAACGGUCGUAUGCUAAACUAUCUGGUAGGGCCUCUUCUGAACCACUAGAUUUUGCUCAGUUGUCGGCUGAUGUUGAGAAGGCACGCUCGAAAUAUUUGGAUUUUGAGCGAGCAAAGAAUGAAAAGCAGCAAAAGUUGGAUGAAUUGAAAAAGAAGAGGGAUAUUGAUUUUGGACCAGCUGGUGAAUGGGAAAAGUUGUAUAAAACGUGCUUUGUGGGGGAUGCUGCUGAGUACAAGUAUGAGAUAUGUAUACUGGAUAAGGUUGUUCAGAAGCAAGGAGGCAUGAACACAGACUUGGGACACUUUACGCGCUGGGGAGGUCGCGAUGAAUCUUCAACACCUGGAGCUCUCAAAUACACACGAAUGAUGUUUGAGAAUGGUGUGAUGUGCUGGAAUGGACCUGCAAGGUCAAUGGAGGUCUUCAUUGAAUGCGGGAAAGAAAACGUGGUCUUGACGGCAAGCGAGCCGUCGAAAUGUGAGUAUACGAUGAAGAUACAGUCACCGGCUGCGUGUGUUGAAGAGGGCGACCUCGUGUCGUCAAAAGACGAGAAAGAAGAGCUGUAA